UGGCGCUGGGGUCCAAACUCCGCGUCCAAGUCCGCUCUGGUCUCGGAAGGUACCGGGACCUAAGAUCGCCCGGCUUCAACACCGAUAAGUAACACCUUCUGGCAGGGGCUCAUGGAGGGGAUAUCACAAAGGGAAAGGGGUAAUGGUCACAGCCCCACGUCUCUGCCAACCCUGGGGUCCUGCCCAACAGAAGUUUUGCUGUGUUGUACGCGGGCGGCACUGCAGACGGACGCCUUCUCGUGCGGGCAGGGAGAGGGCGAGGCGGAGAAUGGCAGAGCAAGCCUGCACAGGUGGUGACCCCAAACUCGCCUGGAACGCCUGGCCGGCAGAUGCCGAGCAAACCUUACGCCCCCACCUUCGAGGGAGCCCGCGGCCGCAGAGAGCGGAGCGAGGGAAUGCCGUUCUCCGAGGGGCUCGGCCGCUUGGCAACGCCGUCGCUCCGGCUUGGCCCAGGCCGCUGGGUCCUGUAACAGCUUGCAAAUGUUUCGCGGAUCUUCCACCCUAUAUAUCCUUGGGUUACGAAAUCCUUGGAUCCGGUCCCACUCGUCCCCACUUGUCACGCCACAUGCAGAGGAUAAAUCGCACCUUCCCCAGGCAUCUCGUCUGCUUUUUGCUACUUGCAUCAUGCUCAUCUGCAUCUACCUGCCUAGCUGAUCCCUCCAUCGAAAGCAACUUACGCUCUUUACCCGUUAAUGCCGCUGAAUAUAUUCCGGUUAAGCGUCGCACUCACAGGUACCCUGAAAAGACCCCCCCCCCCGGGGAGUCGAACCAAUGCCUGGGCUGCUGGCCCUCCAGUGGUGACACCCGCCGUCACCAGGGCCAGAGCAUCCCUGACCAAGGGGCAUAUUUGUCUGAGAAUCGGGGCUUUGUUUCUGUUCGAUACCUGAACCCCCACCACCUUACUGGAAGCGCGCGCACACACACACACACACACACACACACGUGGCAGCAUCAGCCAAACCAGAUAAACAGGCUCCUCUCUGCCUUCGUAAGACAGCAGAAUGAAAAGGGGCAUUCCUUGGUCUGCAUUGGUGUUUUUCAUGUGUAAAUAACGUCAACUUCAAAUGUUGCUUCCUAUGUAUCCCAUUUUACCGCACCGACAGUCAGAAAUUGAUGCUGAAAUAAAACAUCCAAUAUGCUAA